ACACCAAGAGCAGAAUCACUUCCUCAUUGCUGACAGAGAGUCUUCUGCGCGGACCUCACCACAUCUCAACCUGAGGAUUAUUUUGUCAAUUUCAUCAUCGCUAGCCACUGCAUAAGUUCUUUGUCAACACUAACACCGACAGAGGCAAACGCGAGUUCCCCUCGGACUAUUUAUUUACAUUUUCACAGAGGAGCCGAUCAACUCAACAGGUAGGUUGGAUAUUUCCCCCAAACCAGGCGCGCGGCUUCACGUUUUUAGUCAGCGCAUUAUGGUGGUACCCUGACUGUUCUUUUUGCCUUGGGUUAGUUGGAUUAUGCGGUAGCCUACACCGUUCGCAGCAUAAGAACCAAUCUAUUAAUUAUAGCAUGAUGCUCACACGCAGAGAUGAGAGUUCACCAUUUCCACCACGACGUCGUUUAUAUAAUCAUUCCCAUCUGGAGAUGAAUUUAUACAUGUUUUACAUCGGGAGUCGCGUUGUUGUUUGUUCCAGUUGUUUGCUAUGCAUUCGGUAUUAGGGUAUUACAAUAGGCCUAUGAUGUUUAUCAUGUUGAAACUGCGAAUGUUUGUCAUGUUGAAAGUGCGUACUGUCUGUAGAAAAUAAUAGUUAUUUCUCUUGAAUCACAGAGUUCAGUGUGCUUCAACAUGGAACCAGUGAUGGCCCUCUCAUCCGGUCGCUCUUCAUUAAAACGCCAGAAGGCCAUUGACAUGUUCGAACACCCAAUGUCGCUGUUCUGUGGGUAUCAGCUGCCUGAGGAGGAGCAGUCAGUUCAGGAGGUGCCGUCGGGGCUUGAUUGUCUUGUGCCUGAGAUGGAUGCGUGCUCAGUGCCGCUGCUGACCCCGUGUAGCAAGGCCGUGAUGAGCCAGGCCCUCAAGGACAGCUUCAAUGGCUUCGGCCGCGUGCAGCGCAUCUGCGGCAUCUCCAACGACCCCUACAAGUGGAGCAGGCAGCACGUGAUGAAGUGGCUUCACUGGGCCGCCUCGGAGUUCAGCCUGACCAACGUCAACUUCUUCAAGUUCGACAUGGACGGCCGAGAGCUCUGCCACCUGGGGCGAGACAACUUCCUGGAACUGGCCCCCGACUUUGUGGGCGAAAUACUCUGGGAGCAUCUGGACCAAAUGAUGAAAGCAUGCCAGGACAAGAUUGAAUCGACCGUCCUUACUCAGGCGAUGCAAGCUGUGCCCACCUGGAUGACCAAAGACAUUGUUGGGUUUGGUUUGGAAGACAGCCAGUCGUCCUUCCAGGUGCCUGAUAGCAGCUUGUUGAGGGAACUGUUUGAGGCCCCAGACGAAACCACGGCAACCGCAUCAGUACCAACCGCAGAGCCGGAGUACUCCAUGUUUGCCAAGCCCCAGCUGAGCACGGUGAACAUCGGCUACAUCAGCAGGAGCCAAGAGUACGCCAUGACACCCCUGACGCCUGCCAUCUCCAAACAUAUUUCCUCGCUGGAGCAGAGCUCGAUGGACAGUCUUGAUGGCCUGGACGGUGUCCGACCGGAGUCCAUGCUGCGUUCGUGGGGCAGCCAGUCCUCUCUGGCCGACAUGCAGCGCGUCCCCUCGCAGGACAGCUUCGACGACGAGUACAGCGCCGCUCCCUUUGGCAAGCCGAAGGAGGGCCUGUCUUUCAAAGACUACGUGCUGGGAAGGAACGAGCCCGUCGAGAAGGGGAAACCUGUUAUCCCCGCGGCCGUAUUGGCGGGAUUUACUGGCAGUGGCCCCAUACAGCUGUGGCAGUUCCUGCUGGAGUUGCUGACUGAUCAGACGUGCCAGAGUGUCAUCGGCUGGACUGGAGACGGCUGGGAGUUCAAGCUAACCGAUCCUGACGAGGUGGCUCGACGCUGGGGACGGAGAAAAAACAAGCCAAAGAUGAACUACGAGAAGCUGAGUCGUGGUCUGCGCUAUUAUUAUGACAAGAACAUCAUCCACAAGACGCCCGGCAAACGCUACGUGUACAGAUUUGUCUGCGACCUGCAGAACCUCCUGGGCUACUCGGCUGAAGACCUGCACGUCAUGCUGGGCAUUCAGCCCGACACAGACGACUGAACAAGUCUCACUUGUAGUAGUCUCGCAGCUGAACCAGGGGAUGUUUUCUGAAAGACUCCACCUGGAGAUAACAGGAGGACUUUUAAGGGCCUCCAUUUUAAAAGUAGCCGAGGUUCAUGAUUCUGGGUAGCGCCUCUUUGGUGUCUCUACAGAGAACAUGAAGAGAGGCGUGACUUCCAGACCUGUUCCUGGAGAGUUACAGACUCGCAAGAGAGGGAGGGGGAAGCUCUUGGUUUGGAAAUGUACAAUCGCUGUUGCAAGCGCUGUUUUUUUUUUAAUAGAGCGCCCUUGUUUUCUCGUCAACAGGAACGAGUGAGAAAACAGGAUAUUGUCUCAUGCACUGAUUGCGAUAAUCACUGUAAAAACUUUUAGACUGCUGAUAGAAUUCGCCUCCUGGCUGGUGGUGAACACAGGCUGGAUAUCCAUAUUGCAAUGGCAUGGACUGGAGGAUACCUCGAGGAAUAUAGUGGAGGUUGCCAUAACAGCAUGGGCUUUUAAAAAACAAGGGAUCUUAUGCCAAGUGUAUCUACGCCUUUUCUUGGAAGGAAGGAGGGCUUUAAGAAGCUGUAAACCCGUAUAUGGAUAUUUUUGAAAACGUUUACGUUUUGGCGUUGCGUUGACACGUAAAUAGAGUUUUCACGUAAACUGCAUCUUAAAAAUUUGGAUUUAAAAAUAUCCCAUUUAGGGGGCUAAAAUACAUCCGUCAUAAAUGAGUUUUUAAUUGUUAUCCACAUGUCACGUUUGCACGUAAACAGACAAAAAAUAUCCACAUUGAAAAAUAUCCGGAUACGUGUAACCAGCACCUAAGACGGUUCUUAAAUCUUUAGUGAGUUCACUGCAUGGGCACAGGAACAUGUUUACAGUCACAAGAAAUGGAUCAUACUUGUGUCAAUGCUUUACAGCAGAUGCUGUGUGUUUUUCUUCUGUAUUUGCCAAUGAACAGUGGCAUGAAUGCUGUACAUGAAUUUGUUUGCUUUUUAAAUUUCUCAGGCCAAAGUGAAAAUGUGGACGUGUGGUAAUUUUGUUGUUUUUCUGAAGAGCCCUUUACCGUUUUGUACCAAAGCUAAUUGUGAUAUUAAGUUGACGUCACACAUUCAGGCAAUCGAAUGUUGUAAUUGUAAUAUAUGAUAUGUGCCUCAAAGCUUCCCUGCUGCUGUAAAACUGCUGUUUGAAACUGAAUUUUUAUUUAUAUUAUGAAAGUUCUCAGAUUGUUUAGAUAUUUGCUUUAAUGGCCUUCUGAAAAAUAAUUACAGAUUCUGUUUUCCAAAAAAACACCUGAAUGCUGAUAUAUAAUUGUAAUUUAUAUGAUGUGCGUUUACUGCUUCAGUAACAAGCUCCAUAACUGCAUGUGAAUGACUACUGUUUCAAGAUGAGGACGCAAGGUGUAGGCUACAUGCCUGGAGCUACUCAUUUGUACUCAGAGCAUAACAUGCAAAAUUGAAUGUAAUUCAACUACAGCCAGUUCAACUGUUUGUAUUUCAUGGAUAUUAACGAUGCAUCUGUAUACAGAAUAGGAUAUGGAUUUAACAUGCCUGUUGGAACUAAAAUGAGUUGUUCAGUUGUAUAUUGUGUUAUUUUAUAAAAGCACUAUUUUUAUAUGACUGGUUUUAUUAUUCUGUGUAUGUGUAUGUGUAUUUUUUUAAAGGGAAUAAUUACGGACUGUUGUGAAAGAGGGUCUACAGAGUUCUUAUUUAUUUUGAAAGGUUAUUUUGAAAGGUUUGAAAGGUUACACCUUUACAUAAACAUAAGCCAUAUUAAGCAGAUACCUUGUAAUAAUUAAUUGUAUUUAUGCCUACAUCUCUGGCGGUGUGGUGUGUAUGUGUAUGUGUGCCAGCUGCAAAAUGUCAAUAAAAACUGAAUGUCAUCAA